GGAUACAUGAUGAAAAAGGGCCACAAAAGGAAGAACUGGACCGAGCGCUGGUUUGUCCUUCGACCCAAAUCACUGUCAUACUACGUCUGUGAGGAUCUUGUGGAGAAGAAAGGAGACAUCAUUCUGGACCGAAACUGCUGUGUGGAGUCUCUGCCAGAUAAAGAAGGGAAGAAAUGCCUGUUUAUUAUUAAGUGCACUGAUAGAAGUUUUGAAAUCAGUGCGUCAGAUAAAAAGAAAAGGCAGGAAUGGAUUCAAGCUAUUCAAACGUGCAUCCAGCUGCUGAGGUUGGGGCUGCCGUCUCCUCACCGCGAGGCCCGGCUGAGGCGCAGGGAGCUCCGCCAGAGGCAGCAGGCGGACGACGACGACCUGGCAGAGAGGAUGAAGCAGCUCCAGACGGCCAAUGAGAAUAAACAGAGACAGCUGGAGGCUAUGAGGAAGAAAAUGGAAGAGGCUGCGGCUAUAGCAGCAACAGAGGAGCACAGGAGGAAAAAGACUCAGUCAGACCUGCAGGAUCGCUACAGACUGGACCUGGAGAGAGAGAAAAUGGUGCGUCAGCAGAUGGAGGAGCAGGUGGCUCAGAAGUCCAGUGAACUGGAGCAGUACCUGCAGCGCGUCCGGGAGCUGGAAGACAUGUACCACCGGCUGGAGGAGGCCUUAGAGGACGAGAGGCAGGCCAAGCAGGAUGAGGAGGCCAUGCGCAAGCUGCAGGCCAGGCUGCUGGAGGAGGAGGCAGCAAAGAGGGCAGAGCUGGAGCAGAUCCACCUGCAGCAGCAAAGGGUGUUGUUUCAGACUGAGGCCGAGAAGCAGGAGCUGGCGGCCGAGCAGCUGGCCAAGGAGAGAGACCUGCAGGCAGCCAUGCUGCAGCUGGAUAGACUGGAGAGGGAGCGGCACGGUGCACUGGAGCAGUACGAGGAGGUGUCGAGGAAGCUUGAGCGAGCAGCAAACAAGACAAAGACUUGGAAGGACAAGGUGGCCAAGCAUGAGGGUCUGGUGCGUCUCAUCCAGCCAGGUCAUAAAGGACCUCAGCGGAUCACUAACUGGGGUCCGGCUUCAUUCACCGAUGCUGAGCUGGAGCUGAGGAAGAAGACAUGGCAGGAGAGGAAGAACCAGGGGGCUCAGGCUCAGUGAACUCUCGCCAUGAGAGGUGGAUCACGCAAUGAUGAGGAAGACUCAAACUUUUAUUAACUUUAGAGCCUAAACCGUCACAUUUGUGGUUUGAUAGCAGGAACUCACAUGACAGCCGCCAAGGAUUAACUGCCUUUUAUAGCAAAAUUAACUGCAUUUUAUUGCGUUCAUUCAUAUUCAUGCAUUUAACGUUGGAACAAGUAGUUUGACAAAAUAAUCUUGAGUCAAGGUCUGUUUACUAAUUUAAUCCUGAAGGUUCUCGUUGUCUUUGCUCAGUUGACAUGGAGAUGGAGACGAUGGGUCAUGGCGAUGACAUCUGAACCAUCUCUGUGACAACCAAGCAAACUUCAUUCCCUCAUUGACCAUGAGGUGCAGUUGAAAGUGCUUGGAAAAAAAGCACGUAAGUGGACCUUGAGUUACAAUGACUAUGAAAAAUUUUAAUUUUUUAUUUUGUAAUUUCGAUCCUUUCUGAUUUCACAUGCGUUUAAUUGAACUACUCUGCAGAUUUUUUAAAUGUUUUUGACGUAAACAUGUAAAUGUUAAUGUAGCCUUUUACUGACUUCCAGCAGUUUAUUGGCUGAAGUAAACUGCAUCUGUUACAGUCAUAGCUUAGAUGCUAAAAAAAUGAAACACCAUCUAUUAUUUAUGAAUGUGGACGGCUGUUUUCAGAGGGUCAGAGAAGAAGCUAUUGACAAAUAAAGCAACUUUCUUUCCUUUAUUAAAGGUGUAGAUCUUGCUGCCACCUUGACUCCUCUACCUUUUAAUCAUGGCAAACAGUGUCCACCAGGUGUCACCAUAUGAACAGCAUUCUCAGUGUGCUACAGGCACACAUGGCAGCUUCCAAUAGCUAAACUCAAAAACACAGACAAACACACUUUCCUUUGUUCAAGUGCAAGAAAACACUGCUUGGACAGCAGCAUUUUAAAGAUGUAGAAGGAGCCUUGAUGUGUCUCCACCACUGGGUCAUGAUGGUGGCUUCAGCCUUUUAACUAUGGAGCGUACUCACCAGUGUGAGGUGUUCUUGAAAAGAGCCAUGUUGUCCAGAUGAUGCGAAGGUUCUUGAAUUUUUCACACUUAAAGCAUAAACCCAUAAGUUAUACUCAACCUCAAACCAUUUGUUCCUACUGAGGACAUAAAUCUUACAUAAACCGGUCACAAAUACAUGUUUCACUUAAAAUAAAAAAGGCUAAAUUAUUUUCUGAAGCAGCUGGAAAUUGAUGUUUUUAGGGUGUUUUGUUGGCUAUUGUUGGUUUUGGUCUUUUCAUAGGAUUUGUCGACAAUAAUAAAAAAAAUCCAGCCUUUUCAUGUAAGUAAGGAUAGUUGAUAGUUCAUGCCAUAUUUUUAUCUGUAGUGAUGAACUGGUCUGAUUUGCCAGAUGGGUGUCGAUGUCGUUACUGACCUGAUUAAGCAGAUCAGGUAUCAGCCACAACAUGACAGAUCCACAGUAAAUAUAGUUUCUAUGUCAGUGUCAUAAAAUUCAGCAUUUCCGUUAUCAGUUACCUUCAUUCAGUCACAGUGGGUCACAGUGGGCCCUCCCUGGCCUCAUGUUACUUUACUUAAAAGUGAGUUCCACACAGUGAGGUGUACAGAUUUAAAUUAAAGAAAAAGAAGCACUGAUAACAGAUUGGUACUCGUAUUGGUGAAUACUGAGUUGAGGGAUCGGAAUCAGUAUGGGAGAGAGAAAGCUGGAGUGGUGCAUCCCUAGUUACCUGCCUGUUUGUAUGACAGGUCUGUAUGUGUUGUACAAUAUGACCUCAUUGUUCCAGUAAUCGCAAAAACAAGAUGAAUCACACUUGAUGCACGCGACGUGCAGCAGCCAGGGCUCCGUUAAGCUGUGUCUCAGUUGUCUUGGUGUCAAAACAAAUCAUUUUGUGCAACAAAGGACCACUGUUCUCACACGUACACCUCACCUUUGUCUUGUCCACCUCAUGGUUCAGUGAAAAAAGAGACAACAUUACAGGAAUAUUGUAAGUGGGUGAAACUAUCUGCUGUGGGAACUUGCCAGCCAGCCCGCACAAUGAGUGUCUUUACUUUUAGAUGUACAAAUUCUCAUGCCACCUUUUAGUUGUCUCUUUUUGAGGGCGGAGCUGGAAGGAAAGAGAUUGUUCACCUUGAGUUCAAAGUUGUUAGAGAAGGGGAUGAGAUAAGAACCUGCAUUCAUACACUGAUCUGACAGUCAUCCCCUUGCAGAUCUCUUUAUACCGGUGGGUAACUGAUAACAUCAGAAACAGGGACAGAUGGCCCAAAUCUCCAAGCUAAUACUGUAACCAGGAAUGUGGUUUACCACCAAAACAGAUCAUCUAAUGCACAUCCUUUUUUGACGUGUUUGUUCAUAUGAUUGAAGUUUUUUAAUUGGUGCACCAAGUUUUAACACGCCAGAUAAAAUUCAGAAAUACUCGAAAGUAUUAGAAUGAACAGCAAAUAACUGAUAUAAUUCAGACAGAUUUACUGUUCACAUUUUGUCUUUAAGAGAUAUUUAUAUCCCAGAAAGUGAGAAAAAUUGCGCCAUAUUUCUUUUUGCAAACACUAUUCUGAGAAUUGGGGUUUCUAAUCUCUGUGGCUAAACUGCACAAGCCCUCGGCAUUCCAAAAAUAAGCAUAUCUCUAGCUGUCUCACCCUCGCCCCAUGUGUCCGAGAAGUACCCUAAUGCCCAUAACCAAUUCAUCUGAUUCCUGUCCAACAUGUCCUCAUCGAAACUGAUUUGAAACAGGAACAUUUUUUGGGAUUGUUUGCUGGUGAAAAAAUGUCUGGCAGAUUUCUGUUUUCGGGGUUAGAUGACUUCCCACAGUGACCUCACAGCCCCGAACAUUUUGCAUGGUUGAAUGGACUCGGGGUUUAGCUGCACAGAGAAACUGUGGGUCACUUACACUGGCAAGUGAAAAACACUAGGGCCUCAGACAAGUAACUCUGGGCCAAGGAAACAAGACAUUAACAUAAACUAUAAACCCCACUAUUAUCCCUUGAAGCUAUAAAUCAAAUGUGUAAUUGUUCUUUUCUACUCAUGGAUGAGCAGGCGUUGUCCGGAUAAGAUCAUUUGGAGCUCAGUUGAUUAAUGCAUUUGAUCAUUUUCCAACUAGACCCCCAUGUUGCUACAGGCAGCUGACAUCAUUGUGAUUUUAGGGUGGGACUUGUAGAUGUGUAUCGAGCCAGUGAGAUCAGUAUUUGGAGUUGUUGCGAUGAAUUUCAGAGCAGGUGCCCGCUGCGGGGCCACGGAGCUUCGAGGCAGAAGGGCCCCCAGCAGCAGUGAAUCAACUCUCAAAUUGCCCACAUUGCAGGAAAGGGAAACUGCUUCAUAGCCCACAUUCAUUGCAACCGCAGGGCUACGUGGAUAAUGGGAUUUGGAGGACCAUUAAAAUAAAUCAGUAUCAUCUGUCACUGGAGUAUGUUUGGGGCCCUUGGAAAGGCCAAUCAGCAUAUUUUUCAAGUUGUUUUUUUGUACAAGAAGCAUUUACUCCAGCUGUGACUGUACAUAAAGAGCACAGGAUCCAAAACCAACAGAUACGUGCAAUCUUGCAUUUAUAGACUGCUUUUGUCUUUGUGAGCGCAGCACGCUUCCAGCCAACCAAGACUAAUCACGCAGAACUCAGGAGAAAUAUGUAGCCAAGUUACACAAGAUCACAAUUACAUAGCGUUGCAUUUUAAAACACACGCUGUUCUUAGGGAUUAUUGAUGCCUUCAUCAGUAAUUCGUCUUAAACUUUAGAGAAGAAGUCAGUUGCUGAGGCAGAAAUGUAGCCUAGUCCCGUCAUCUUUGUGUAACAGCAAGGGUCUUUCAUUCAACUUUCCUACAACUUGAAUACAACAAAUUUGCAUGAAUCUGGUUUGAUCCAGUCAGAGGAAGGCAGCAAUGUGGAAUCAGUAACUGAAUAACAAAUGGCUGUCGAGUAAAACUGCCAUCUCUGCCUCAGGAGGAAAUGAUUCCUAUCAUGCCAUUCCACGCGAUCCUGCUGGAUAACUUCCGCUUCAUCCCUCUCUUCAUGGGCAUGAGUUCCUAAUCUCCGUAUCCAAAGCAAGAGGCUAAAUAUGGAGAGGGCUGCCAGAGGCUCUGCCCAGAUGUUGGCCUGCUGCAGCUCUGCACCUGCUGCCAGUACAAGCCACUAGGGAGAUCGUACUGAGGGACAACCCCCCUCUCCCCAUCCAUCGUACCUUCAGCUUCCUCUCAGAGACAAUCCUUCCGGGAACCGCAGGAGUCCCGUUCAGAGCCGUCAAACAGGCGCCACAGAGCCUGAGCUGGGACUCGUGCCCAGUCCCAUAUUCAUUGCUGGCAAGUGAGACACCCAUCAUCAUCCUCUCCAGCCCGGUUGUUGGCCCCCAGUGCAGCAGUGUCUGAUUACCUUUCAUUGAGAGAAAAUCUUUAAUAAAGAUGAUGUGUUCAUGAGAGGCCAGGAAAAUGUGGCAAUUACAAAUGGUCUAAGUUUUCUUCGUGUAUCCUAUGACCCAUUGUAGAUCAAGACUUAAAGUCUACAGCUUGUAGCUCUCUGAGGCUGCACUCUGGCACAAUGGUGCUUUGAGCUCAAUGCUAAUGUCAGCAUGCUAAUAUACUCACUAUCACAAUGUUUCAUUUAGCUUGUUAGCAAAUGCUAACAUUUGAUAUACAGUAGGCUAUAGCAAUAAACACAGCUGAGGCUGAGGCGACUAUCAUUAGUUUUGCAGGUCUUUAGUCAUCAAACAAAGUAUUGGACAAAGUGAAAUGUGGACAUAAUGAUGGUGCUAGAUGAUGAAAAGUGAUCCCCAGAUUAAUUACAAUUCAUCCUGAAGGAACAGGAAUAUCUGCACCAAAUUUGCUAGCAAUCAAUUGCCAUAAUGGAACAACUGUAGGAUGGAUCUGUCCAUGGAUUAAUAAAGUAUAUCUUCUUCUUCUAA